ACAUCCCUCUCUCACGGAGUUCUCUCCCAGCCCACUCUAAAAUCCCACUCAGAUAUCCCUCUCUCACGGAGUACUCUCCCAGCCCAUUCUCACAUCCCACUCAGACAUUCCUCUCUCAUGAACUACUCUCCCAGCCCACUAAAAGGCAACGCCACUGUAUGGGGAAUGACUCGCCAGAAGAAGGCAGUCACAACAGUGCU